AGUUUUAAUGUGCAAUAUAGUCGACUUCCUGUCCGGAUCCUUAGCGUGAUUUGUGAGAGCGGGAAGAAUCACAGCGAGCAUGACUUCAUCACCAGUGGAGUACACCAUUGGAGGGGUGAAGAUCCACUUCCCCUGCAAGGCUUACCCGUCCCAGCUGGCUAUGAUGAAUUUAAUUGUACGAGGUUUGAACACAGGGCAGUACUGUUUACUAGAGUCUCCAACUGGAAGUGGAAAGAGCUUGGCGUUGCUUUGUUCAGCUCUGGGUUGGCAGCAUGCACAGUUUGCCAAACUGCAGGAAGGAGGAAGCACCGGUCCAGACAAGAGCCACAAGUCCGACUCCCCCACGUCUUGCAAGUGUGGGUGUCACAGCAAAUCCAGCAGGAACAAGGCAACAGCAGCAGACAAACAUGCUGUUGUGGACCUCACUGUGUCACCCUCUAAAGACACGGCUCAGCCGUCGACUUCAGCACAAGAACCCAUGCUUCUCCCAGAAGAAGAAGGAAGAAAACAGUCUCUAGCCUCUCGACUGUCAGAGAAGCUCCAGGCAUCUCUCAGCUCCGACUGUGUGAAAGAUGAUGACUUCCAGCAAGACAGGAAACGCAUCCGCACUGCAGAGAACACGAGCCGUAAAAGGCAGCGACUGGAGAAGGGAGUCGUGUUCACAGACGAUGAGCCGGAGCUGGAAAACCAGCCAGCGGGACCUCAGAGUUGGAAUGCCGAGACGAAACACCAAGCUCCCGGUUGUUCCUCUACUUCCUGCGCUCCUGAACCCUGCUCGCAGUGCCCGUGCGCUUCAACCGAGGAUGGCGUGAAGGACAAAGAGAAAGAUGGCAGAAGAAAGAUUCCAAAGAUCUUCUUUGGCACUCGCACACAUAAACAGAUAACUCAGAUCACCCAUGAGCUGAAGCGCACCCUUUACUGCGGCGUGCCUAUGACCAUCUUAUCCAGCAGAGACCACACCUGUGUCAACCCAGACGUGGUGCCUCACGCAAACCGCAAUGAACGCUGCAAGGAUCUGCUGGAGGCCAAGGAUGGAAGGUCCUGCCGCUACUACCACGGUGUGCAGAGGAUGCGGGACCAGAACACUCUACAACAUGUCCAUGGGUUGCGGGCAGCCUGGGACAUUGAGGAGCUGGUGACUCUGGGCAAACGGCUUCGCUCGUGCUCCUACUUUGCUGCCCGUGAGCUCAUGCAGAGCGCCUGGAUCAUCUUCUGUCCGUAUAACUACCUGCUGGACCCAAUGAUCAGAGAAAGCAUGGAGAUUGACCUGGAAGGCCAGAUAUUGGUACUGGAUGAGGCCCACAACAUUGAGGACUGUGCGAGGGAGAGCGCCAGCUACACACUGGACUACAAGAGUCUGCUGAUGUCCAGAGACGAGCUGGACAGCAUGGUCAACAACAACAUCCGACGUUCCAAACACGAGCUGCUCAGGGGCUUCUGCUACAGUCUGAUCAACUGGAUCCAGGAGAGCCAAAGCCUGAUGUCUGAGCGCGGCUAUGAGACUGCCGGUAAAGUCUGGAGUGGGAAGGAUAUAGUGGGCAUCUUUCACACUUUGGGCAUCACUGCAGACACCUUCAACAUUCUGAAGCAAAACCUGGCAGCAGUCUUGGAGAAGGAGGAGCGUGUUGGAGUCGUUAAUGGGAGAGAAGACGUGGUGCAGAUUCCAACCAUCAGCCCACCUACUGCAACUGUGCUCAAAAACCUCUUCAUGGUGCUCGACUUCCUCUUCAGAGACAGCUGCAGAUUUGCUGACGACUAUCGUGUUGCUCUGCAGAAGAGCUAUGCUUGGACUAACCAGGCUCCCCCCGAUGUCCCCGACGCCCAGGGCUUUAUAGUUCGGCCACGUAAUAGACGCCAGACUGUCCGGGUCAAGGCUGAAGUCCUGACGCUGAGCUUCUGGUGCCUUAACCCUGCUGUGGCUUUUUCUGACCUGAGUGGGUCUGUGCACAGCAUUGUGUUGACCUCUGGAACCCUGUCACCCAUGGACUCCUUUUCCUCUGAACUUGGUGUGAAAUUCUCCAUCCAGCUGGAGGCCAACCAUGUGAUCAAUAAGUCUCAGGUUUGGGUGGGCACUGUUGGCACAGGACCUCAAGGCAGGAAGCUCUGUGCCACCUUUCAGAACGCAGAGACGUAUGCCUUCCAGGAUGAAGUGGGUGGCCUGCUGCUCCACGUCUGCCAGGUCAUGGCCAAGGGUGUGCUCUGCUUUUUGCCUUCCUACAAGAUGCUGGAUAAACUGAGAGACCGAUGGACCAAAACUGGUCUCUGGGACAAGCUAGAGCAACAGAAAACGGUGAUCACAGAGCCCCGUGGUGGUGGAGGCAAGGGAGACUUUGAUGAGCUGCUUCACACGUACUACAGUGCCAUCAAAUACUGUGAAGAAAAAGAUGGUGCACUGCUGAUUGCUGUGUGUAGGGGUAAAGUGAGCGAAGGGCUUGAUUUUACGGACGACAACGCCAGGGCAGUAGUCGCCGUUGGAAUUCCCUUCCCCAACAUUAAAGACCUCCAGGUGGAACUGAAGAUGAAGUACAAUGACCUGCACUCUAAGUCCAGAGGUCUUCUCCCAGGCAGUCGCUGGUAUGAGAUUCAGGCCUACAGAGCCCUGAACCAGGCCCUGGGGAGGUGCAUUCGCCACAGGAAUGACUGGGGAGCUCUAAUUCUGGUGGAUGAUCGGUACAGGAAUAAUCCUAAUAAGUACAUCACAGGUCUGUCUAAAUGGGUCCGCCAGCUUGUCCAGCAUCACAGCACCUUCAGCGACGCAAUGCAGUCUUUGGUUGCAUUCUCUCAGGUGCAGAAGAAGAUGGAUGGGGCUCCUGCUGACAGGCAGGCCAUCAGCUCUACUGUCUCGUCUCCCAGCAGCCACCUAGCAGCCGCUGCAGAGGGACAUAGUCUGCCUGAGGCUUCAGAACCUCAGAUACCUAUCUCAAGUGUCAGACUACCUGAACCCCAGCAGCACUCAAGCCCCUCAGCCGACCUCGUUUGUUCCCAUACACAGUUGAAAGCUGAACAGAAAGAAAAAGCAGACCAGUUGAAGAAGCAGCACCGUCCCUCAGAAGAGCCUCUCCCACUUCAAAAAAGAGCAGCGCUGCCUCUGUUCUCCAUUUUCACCUCCAGCCCCACCAACCACACCUUCAGGAAGCCCAUUUUUAAAAGAAGUGCACCGAGUAGUCCUGGCCAGGAAACCUCCAAUUGUUGUGACGACAAAGAAAACCAGCAGAUCGCCUCUGCAUCACUGAAGACUAAUGGUUCAGCCAGAGGAGACCAAACCAGUCUGGCUCCAGAGCCCGCUCCAGUAACGGCCCCGCCCAGCUGUGAAAACGAACCACCUGCAGCAGGCAGUUCAGACGAAGACGAAAAGGACCAGACUGUGUUUUUUACUCCAGAACUUUUUGAGGGUGAAGGAGAUGAAGGCGGUGCACAGGAGGAGACGAAGGCAGAGUCACUUCCAGAGUCGGUCCAAGGAGCAACGAGCACAGCCUCGGUGACCGAAGAGCUCCUCAGCUCUGAGCAGACCCACGUGCGAGGGCUCGCCUUGGCUCUGGAUGGACAGAGUGCUGUUUCAGUCAGUGAGCAGAGCGCAGGACUGUCGCAGGGGAAGGAAGAAGUCAGAGGACAGAAGCAGUAUGAGGAGGGAGAGGGUAGACAGAGAGGCAGCAGGCUGUCCAGGUCCAGACAGAACGUUUCCUCCACUCAAACAGGUCUAACUACUGCUCAGCAAGACGAGGCAGAAGGUCCUACACUACAAUAAACAUUCAAAACAUGGAAACCAGAUUCAUGUUAAAAUCAGCUGAGGUGCAAUAGAAAGCCCUACAUUCAGUUCAUCAUUUAGUCCUGUUUAAUGAUGUGUUUGUAGAUUAUGGGUGAGGAAGGGGAAUGUUUUAGAUGUCUGAGUGAACCAAAGACGGGCCUUUUUCAGUCUCAUUUACAACCAUGUAAUUAUUUGUUGUAAGUACAAAUAUUUGCAUAAACUUUGUUAGUUCACAAUAAAAUUGUUC